AUGCGCAUCGCCAUUCUCCUCGCAGCCCUGCCGAGCGCGGCGCCGUGGUGCCAGCACCGAGAGCGGGACGGACGCAUCCUCGAGUGCCUGCGCGCCAAGAUCCCGGUGUUCACGCCCUUGGACGAGGUGCGCGCCUGCUUUGCGCCGUGCAUGAUCGCCGCCUACGGCUCCCUCGACGUGCCUGUCCCCGCGCGCGCGGCGGUCGUGCCCUCGCUGGCGCGCUACCGCGCCAUGCUCGAGCUCGCGCCCUCGUGGCGCGUCUCGCCGAGCCACAAGCCGGGCCAGCGGUUGCGCGCGGCGACCCGCGGGCUGCGCAACGUCGUCGUGCGCUGCCCCGCCGAUAACUUCAACCUGUGCCUGCGGCCGGAGAACGCCGACGCCGACGCCGUGCUCGACCAGGUCGCCGCGAAUCUCACGGGACGCGUCGCGUUCUGGCACAUGGACGCCUUCAAGCUGUGGCCGCAGGAGGGCGGCGACGCGGCGACGCUGCGGCCGCUGCACGGCGUCACCUACUAUUCGACGAACCCGGCGUUCCAUCGCCACGACGUCGUGCCCGCGCCGCUCGGCGUCCUCGACGCGCUCGUCGGCGGGCACCUCGCCAAAUUCUCGUCGCGGAGGGUCGCGCCCAAGCCCGAGGAGGUCAUCGACUGGGAGGCCGAGCUCCGGCCGAUCUCGCUCGACGGCUGGCUCGGCCGGCGGCGGCUCCUGCACUGCGACAGCUACCGGAUGCGCUGGGGCGGCGGCGGCCACAGCUACGGCCGCCAGCGCAUGCUCGAGGCCUUCGAGGCGAGCGGCUUCGCCUGCGACCCGACGCCCGUGAACCACACGGCCUACGUCGCGGGGCUCCGCGAAGCCCAGUUCGUCGCGUGCCCGCGGGGCAACGGUAUCCAGGUCUACCGCGUCUGGGAGGCGCUCCUGCUCGGCGCCGUCCCCAUCGUGCUGCGGACCCACUUCCCGACGCACGACGCGCUCUACGCGAAGCUGCCGGUCGUGAUGAUAGGACCCUCGACGGCGCGGCCGAAGUUCGACGCCUGGACCACGGUGACGCCCGACUUCCUCCGGCGCGAGCGGGCGCGCGUAGAGCGGCUCGCCCGCGAGAGCGCGUUCGACCUCGCCGGCGCGUUCCUCCCGUACUGGCUCGGGCGCCUCUUUAACGAGUCGCUGCCGUAG